AUGUCAUAUUUCAAACAAAUUAGCUUUAAAAUAUAUAAAUUUCAUCAUUUUUUAAGAUUUAUAUUUAUAUGAUUCUCGAAUAUUAACUGUCAUAUCAUUUUGAUGUCCAAAUCCCAAAAAAAAAAACUCCUUGAAGAAGUUACACAAAUUCAUCUACUAAGAAGUUUUGAUGUUUUUACAUCAAAAAAGUCUCUUCCUAAUGUUUAA